AUGGUUUCAAAGUUGCUAUUUGUUGCGGUUUUCGCGUUCUCGGCUUAUGCAUUUCCCGAUGUCUUCUCGGCGCAUACUAUUGGUGAAAGCGGGCCCUGCGGAAAUCUGGCCGGUUUGACGAAUUCUGAAGACAAAGAUGUGGCCCAUGCUGAAAUCGACAAAUGUCUGGCCGAAGAGGGCAACGAUCAAAUGAAGGGGUGUUCUGCCAUGGCGAACAUGACGAUUUGCGACGAAGGCAUCGAGCGUUUCUCGUGCGCCAUCACAAACUCUGCCAAAACUUGCGGUGCCGCUGAAGAGGAUGUAGGAUAUAUGGCCCGCACUAUGCAGCUAGGGUUGCUGCUUCUCGGAAAGGAUGAGCUGCCAACGGAACUGAAAGACUGCUUCGGCGCCCUUAUGAAAAUGUUUGAGGCCAAAGGAGCCCAA